AUGGAGCAGAGAACACUGCUUGCAUUGAUGGUCUUUUCCUCACUCAUAGUGUUAGCAGAAACUAAUGAUCAGAAGCCUGCUGUUGAAAUAUACAGCCUCCACGUGGACUGCAAGGUCACAUCACGAUUUGCUCGCACUGUCAUCACCAGCAGAAUUGUCAACCGAGCCAAUGAGUCCCGAGAGGCCACCUUUGAAGUGGAGUUACCCAAGACAGCCUUCAUCACCAAUUUCUCCAUGUCCAUCGAUGGUGUAGUAUACCCAGGAAUAAUAAAGGAGAAAGCUGCUGCUCAAAACGAGUAUGACUCGGCAGUCUCACAAGGACAGAGCGCUGGCCUCGUCAAAAUUACAGACAGAAAGCUGGAGCAGUUCCACGUGUCCGUCAGCAUCGCGGCUGCCAGCAAAGUCACUUUUGAGCUGACCUACGAGGAGCUGCUGAAGCGGCAGCUGGGGAAGUACGAGCUGCUCAUCAAGGUCCGGCCCAAGCAGCUCGUUAAGCACUUCCAGAUCGAUGUGCACAUCUUUGAGCCCCAGGGCAUUCGCUUCUUGGAGACAGACAGCACAUUCAUGACAAACGAGUUAACUAAGGCACUCACCAAAGAGCAGAACGAAACCAAGGCUCAUAUUUUAUUUAAGCCAACUCUAGACCAACAGAAGAAAAAUUCUGAACUUGAUGAAACGCUCCUUAAUGGUGAUUUUGUUGUGCAUUAUGAUGUUAAGAGAGAAGCCACUGCAGGUGAUAUACAGAUUGUCAAUGGAUAUUUUGUCCAUUACUUUGCACCCCAAGAAAUGCCAGCGUUUCCCAAAAAUGUCAUCUUUGUUAUAGACCGAAGUGGCUCCAUGACAGGCAGAAAAAUUGAACAGACAAGGGAUGCCCUGUUGAAGAUUUUGCAGGACCUCCGCCAAGAAGAUCAUUUCAGCUUUAUCACCUUCAACCACAAAGUGGUGGAGUGGAAGAGCUCUUUGCUGCCAGCCACUGAGGAGAACGUGGCCAAUGCUGCAGCACUGGUCCAGACUCUUGCUGCCAGGGGAGGCACAGACAUCAGCGGUGCCCUGCUGGCUGCCGUGGGCGUGCUGGACAAAGCCGAGGGGCUGCCAGAGCGCAGCGUCUCCAUGAUUAUUUUGCUGACAGAUGGCCAGCCCACUUCUGGUGAGAGAAAUGUGGAAGUAAUUCAAGAAAACAUUCAGAAAGCAAUCAAUGGGAAAUAUGCUCUUUUCUGCCUUGGCUUUGGGUUUGAUGUCAGUUAUAAAUUCCUGGAGAAAAUGGCCCUGAGCAAUGGGGGAAUAGCACGGCGUAUCUAUGAAAAUGCUGAUGCAGCCCUGCAGCUCCAGGGCUUUUAUCAAGAAGUGGCUACCCCAAUAUUAAUGCAAAUUGAAAUGCAGUAUCCAGAAAAUUCCAUUGAAGGAUUAACCAAGAACAAUUUCAAGCUGUUUUUUGAAGGAUCUGAAAUUAUAGUGUCUGGAAAAAUUAACAAUGAGCUGGAUCUUUUGCCAGUGGAAAUUAAAGCUCAGUCACACACGAGUAACUUGACUCUUAAGGAAGAAGCAAAUGUCAAAGAGAAGGAGCAAGUAUUCCAAAAUCAAAGAUACAUCUUUGGGAAUUUCAUAGAGAGACUGUGGGCUUACUUGACCAUUCAGCAGCUUCUGGAAAAAGCUAUUUCAGCCCAAGAAGAGGACCAGAAGGCCCUGGAGGCCCAAGCCUUGGAUCUGUCCCUGCAGUACAGCUUUGUCACACCGCUCACUUCCAUGGUGGUCACCAAACCCCAGCAGCAGGAGGAGCUGGCAAACAAACCCACCGAGGCUGAUAAUGAGAAGCCCAGCAAUCUUCCAGCAGGAGCAUCCUUCCAAAGGCUCCACUCAAGAAUGCCUUGGGAGGAUGAUUCAGCAACAAAACAUUGGGAAAACUCUUUUCUUUCAGAUCGACGGCGCUCUGAGCUCCAAACUGUCAGCAACAGGAUGUUUUCAACAGUUUCCAGGUUCAGAGAUGCCAAAAAAGCACAACCUAUUGCCAAUGAACAUCCACAACUUCUCUUGCAAUUACCCAGACAAAAUGAAAGAAUCUGCUUAAAUAUUGAUCAGAGAGCACAAAGCUCUGUCCCCCUGCUGUCAGAUCCAGAGCAAGGACUCUCUGUGAUGGGGAAACUUGGAGAUGGAAUAAAUCACUUUGUGCAGUUUGAUAUUAACUAUGUGAAUCCCCCCGUGCAAAUCCAUGUCUACACUCAUGCAAUCCUUGUAAGCCACAAUAACAAGAACAAUUGGCUGUCAUGGACAACGUCAACCUCUUCCACCAUCCAGGGGCUGACAGUGUCAGUUGAAAAGGAAAGGAGUGUUACAGCAUCACUGCCUGAUACGGUCACAGUAAAAAUUUCCUUGGUCAGGUUUCCAGAAGAUUUCCUUGGGCUCUAUUUCUUGAACACCGACCGUUUUUCAGACAAAGUCACUGGAGUUCUGGGUCAAUUUUAUUCAAAAGCACAAUAUGGGAGUAACUCCAACAACGAUCAGAGAGCUGUGGAAAGACUCCUGAGUGUGCCUGGAUCUGAGCACAAAGUUUCCAGAUUGUACAAGAAAGAUUACAGGCUUGAGUCAGCCAGUGAACCUGUUACCUGCUGGUCAAUAGAUCUAACUCCCUAG